GGUGUGGUGUGAUGUGGCAGGAUUUGACUCAGCGACUUUUUACCUCGCUGUUGGUGGUGUUUGCAGAAGGACAAGCAGGACCCGGACGGUGACAUCAUUAUGAGGCUUGAGUACGGUCUACUGAACUCCUCGUCCCUGGAGCUGAUUGAGCAACCCACGUGUACCUCCCCAGUCUAAUGGUGAGCCUGGCGCCGCCCCUCGUGGUCUUCCAGCCUCCUCACCAGUGCAUCUUCCACUCCUCCGAGCUUGUGUAUAACUUGACCAACCAGUGAUGAGAGCGUGUGAAGCAGUUUGCCAACCUGGUCCUGGCCCUCAUGAUGCUGUUCGCCAGGUACAAUCACUGGAUGGUGGGCGACAAGUUUGAGAGACUCGCCCCCUCACUGCGUGUUUGAGGCUCGUGCGUGUAGCGGAAAGUUCCAGUUGGCAACACUGCCAGGUGACAACAACAGCACGCGCCGAGGCCCGAGCAGCAUCCCUUCUGGCCCUGCCCAACCAGCCCCCUAAAACACCCCAGAAGAAGAAGACGACGAAGGCUCCACACCCACGGGCCAGCGCUGGGGACCUGCUGGCCAGCGACACCCUCAGCCCCAACACUGCCAGGACAACACCUCCACCACCGCCGCCGGGAAGUCUUAACCUUCUCAUGCAGCAGAAGUAGAGCUCUCACGGGCACGUCCACCCUCGACCACGACCACGGACCCUAGGCUGCCGGUGUGUGGAGGAAAAGAGAACAAGGAAAGAACGAGGACAACAACAACACACUCAGCUUCCGCAAAGGUUGGGGCCGCCUCACCUGCAGGGCUGGACAGCAGCAUGAGUGGCCAGGACAAGCAGGAGCAGACUGCUGCAGGGGGCAGGAGGAAGGACAAGCAGGACCCGGACGGUGACAUCAUUAUGAGGCUUGAGUACGGUCUCCUGAACUCCUCGUCCCUGGAGCUGAUUGAGCAACCCAUCACUGACCCGUACGCUCUCAACAGCGCGGAGACGGUGGUGACCAUAGCCAAGGGGUGCGAGGAGGAGGUGUGCAAAGUGGACAUGCAGACCGAGGUGGCGUUCCUGGAUGGCAAUAACAGUUCGGUCAUCAUAGGCAAGAUCAACCGGCUUGAGGUGACAGCAAACAACAAGGGGGAACACGUACCUCCCCAGCCUAAUGGUGAGCCUGGCGCUGCCCUCGUGGUCUUCCAGCCUCCUCACCAGUGCAUCUUCCACCUCCGAGCUUGUGCGGGGACCUGA